UGCUUGCGGUCCCUCCUCCAUCAAACGUCAGAAACUACUGGUAUAAAACACAUGCGAGGCCAUACCGACCGCUCAAAGUCGCAUAUACCUCGUUAACCUGACAGCCUGCGGUCUGUCUCCUCAGAGACAAUAAAGAGGCUCUAGAUUUUAAUGAGAAAGAAAAGAGGAGAAAUAUGCCCAGCUGUGGGACGCCUUAAAUCUACUGGAUUGAGCUCAAGAAUGCAAAAGAAAAGUCUGUUUGUUUCUACAGAGAUAUUUGUGCCGGAUAAAUUUCAUAUAUGUGGGAGAGUUUCUGUUGCUCGGGACUUUGAAUUGGGUAAUGUCUCAUGGGCGAACACACAGUUGGAUUUCUGCUGAUAACAAAAGGGACUGCCACGAGAAAACGUAUUAAGUGAGGAGUUUUUCAUCAUUAGCUCCAAAGGAAGUUCAAAGAAACAACAGCAGGGCUCAUCAGCUUGAUCUGAAGGCUAACUGACACUGACCUUGGCAGUCGUCGCCUGUGAAUCUGCACAUUUCUACCGAGCGAACCAAAUGCAGACAGAAAUAUGCAUUUGGGUAAGGCUUUACUGUUUGUCCUCCUCCUCAACUGCGCAACUUUGAGCUCAUGCCUGUCAACUUGUGCCACCGUGGAUAUUGACCAUGUGAAAAGGAAGAGGGUCGAGGCGAUACGGGGUCAGAUUCUGAGCAAACUCCGACUGACGAGUCCUCCGCACUCCCUCGGACCGAAUAAAAUCCCUUAUCAAAUCCAAGCAUUGUAUAACAGCACCAAGGAGCUACUGGAGGAGCUUGGGAGGGAUCGGCAGCAAAGUUGCGGUCAGGACAACACAGAGACAGAGUACUAUGCCAAAGAGAUAUACAAAUUCAACAUGGUCUACGGACCGCCAGAGAGCAACGAUCUGCUCUACUGCCCAAAAGGCAUCACCUCUAAGGUUUUCCGCUUCAACGUCUCCGCCAUGGAAAGGAACUCAACCAACCUCUUCAGAGCAGAGUUUCGAGCUCUGAGGGUGCCAAACUCAAGUGCCAAGAGGAAUGAACAGCGGAUUGAGCUCUACCAGAUUGUGAGGCCAAAUGAACACAUAAGGAAACAACGCUACAUCGGAGCCAAGAAUGUGCUGACCAAAGGUACCCCAGAAUGGGUCUCCUUCGAUGUGACUGAGACAGUGCGGGAAUGGCUGAUGAACAGAGGAACUAACCUGGGCCUGGAAAUCAGUGUGCACUGCCCCUGCCACACCUUCAACCCAAACGGUGACAUCAUUGAUAAUGAGAACGAGGUGCUGGAGGUGAAGUUCAAAGGUGUGGAUGGAGAUGAGGAGCACAGUCGCUUGGAUCUGGAUCACCUGAAGAAGAAAAAGGAACAGUACCUGCCUCACCUUAUCCUCAUGAUGAUCCCACCACACCGCUUGGACACUCAGUACACCCGCCGACGCAAGAGAGCACUGGACACAAACUACUGUUUCUCAAACACGGAGGACAGCUGCUGUGUUCGCAAGCUCCACAUUGAUUUCCGGCGUGAUUUGGACUGGAAGUGGAUCCAUGAGCCCAGUGGUUACGACGCCAACUACUGCUCUGGGCCCUGUCCUUACCUGAGGAGUUCAGACACAACACACAGCUCGCUGCUGAGCCUGUACAACACUCUGAAUCCAGAGGCAUCGGCCGCCCCCUGCUGUGUCCCUCAAGACCUGGAACCCCUCACUAUACUCUACUACUCUGGACGAACCCCCAAAGUGGAGCAACUCUCCAACAUGAUUGUCAAGUCUUGCAAGUGUAGCUGAGAAGACUUUGAAAGGCGAGGUAGUGUGGCACGAUUUUACUAGGUACUGACCAGACCCAUGCUCGUUGACUUUUGGACUCUUAGCUGUGACAAAUACUUAAAACUGACCCUGUGGCCUCGUGGCGUAGAUCUGAAAACCACUCUGGAGGUCACACUAUUUUUUUUUUCAAGGAUGCAGAUUUUCUUAAAACUUGAGAUCAUCUUUUUUUUCUUGUUUUGUUUUUUCCACCCACUCAGUCAGUUCUGAAUGACAAGUAGCUCUCUUCUUUAUCUUAAAAGGUCCAACCCAAACCAAACUCAGUCUUACAAUCAAGGUACAAUCUUUAAAUAUUUUCGUCUAGAUUUGUGAAGAUGGACAACACACUGUUAAGGCUAGAUUACAGAGACUCCUGUACAAAUCUGUGACACGAAGAUAAAACGAUGAAGUAAUGAAAGAGACUUACUCUGUGCUAUAUUUUCUACUUCAGAGCUCAAGCAAAUAUUCCACAAAGUUCAAAUCUCUGCAUUAUCUGUACAGCAGUUUUCCUGUUUCUAGCCUUGGAACAGUAUUGCUCAUAGUCACAAAUAUAGACGUGCUCUCCUGAAUGGUUGAAGAGUCCUUUCAGGAUCUGGAUUUUUCCUUGAACUUGCCUUAAGCUCCCUUCCCUUCAAAACAGUGGGCAUUAUCUUCAAUCACAAAAGGAGAAAGGACAGACUUGCUGCUGUAUCCAAAGCCAUAGCUGUGGUCAGGGAAAAGGAGAGCUGAGAGAGAAUGCCUGUUGGAUUUGCAAUGGAAAGUGAAUGAACAAAGAAGUUGAGCCAAGCUUUUCUUUUUUUGGCCAGCCAGCAGCAAUGGCCUUUUUUUUCGGUGCAUCUAUUAGAAUGGAUGGAAGAAGAGGAAGAAAAAGGAGAAGAAGAAGAGGAGGAAGGAGAGGGAGAAGAAGAAGAGGCGGAAGAAGAAGAAGAAGAAGAAGAAGGA